GCGCGGGACGAAGCGAGCCAACGAUGCGUCGCCACUCCUCCGCGCCUCUCCCACUCCCCACUCCUCCCCGCCGAGCCAACGGCGUCGGCGGCGAUGCCGUCCCCCACGUGCUACCUCCUCCUGAACCCCUCCAGGACCUGCCACCGCCUCCUCCCGCCGUCUCCGCGCCUCCCCGCCCGCUGCGCCCGCCUCCGUGUCUCCUGCGACGUGCCGCGGCAGGGGGGUGACGACGGCGGCGGGCCCAAGCGCGGGGUCAUCCCCGCCGGACCCGGAAAGGGCAAGAAGCAGGUCGUGUUCUUCGACGCCGCGCCGCCGGUGGCCCAGCAGGGAGACGGCGAGGAUGGGAAGGGGAAGGCGCCGGAGGUGAAGAAGGACGGCGCGGCGCUGCGGGCGCUGAGGCGCACCACCAAGCGGACGCUGUCGGUCCUGUCCAACCUCCUGCUCGCCAUCACCGAGAUGUUCGCCAUUGCCGGCCUCAUGGCCCUGGGCACGGUGAUUGACCAGGGAGAGGCGCCGAGCCACUACUUCGAGCAGUUCCCCGAGGACAACCCGGUGUUCGGCUUCAUCACCUGGAGGUGGAUCCUCACCCCCGGCUUCGACCACAUGUUCUCCUCGCCGGUCUUCCUCGGCUUACUCGCGCUCCUCGCGGCGUCGCUGAUGGCCUGCACCUUCACCACCCAAUUGCCCAUGGUGAAGGUGGCGAAAAGAUGGUCGUUUAUGAGUUCAGGGGGAAGCAUUAGGAAGCAAGACUUUGCGGAAUCUCUUCCCCGCGCAUCUAUUCAGGAUUUGGGGGUCAUCUUGAUGGGUGCCGGAUAUGAGGUCUUUACUAAGGGCCCGUCUUUGUAUGCCUUCAAGGGCCUUGCUGGUCGGUACGCGCCGAUUGGCGUGCACGUGGCGAUGAUUUUUGUCAUGGCAGGUGCCACGCUUUCUGCGACCGGAAGCUUUAAAGGCUCGGUGGAUGUCCCCCAAGGACUGAAUUUCGUCAUUGGAGAUAUCAUGAAACCCAAAGGCAUUUUCUCAGUCGCACCGGAUGUUUUCAAUACUGAAGUCCAUGUCAACCGGUUCUACAUGGAGUACUAUGAUAGUGGAGAGGUUUCACAAUUUUAUAGCGAUCUUUCACUUUUCGACCUUGAUGGCAAAGAAGUAAUGAGGAGGACGAUCAAAGUUAAUGAUCCCCUGAGGUAUGGUGGGAUCACGAUAUACCAAACGGACUGGGGGUUUUCAGCAUUACAGGUGAAGAAAAAUGGUGAAGGACCUUUUAACUUGGCAAUGGCACCCUUGCAACUGAAUGGCAAUAAAAAGCUAUACGGAACAUUCUUGCCACUUCAAGACUCUGAUUCUUCAGGUGUCAAGGGAAUAUCAAUGCUUGCUCGAGAUCUUCAGUCUAUUGUGUUGUAUGAUCAAGAUGGCAAGUUUGUAGGAGUUCGCCGGCCAAGCUCUAAACUCCCUAUUGAAAUCAAUGGCAAUGAAAUAUUAAUUGAGGAUGCUAUUGGCAGUACUGGUCUGGAUCUCAAGACUGAUCCAGGAAUUCCUAUCGUGUAUGCUGGAUUCGGUGCGCUCAUGUUGACGACCUGCAUUAGCUAUCUUUCGCAUGCUCAGUUAUGGGCGCUGCAAGACGGAACUACAGUAGUUGUCGGAGGGAAGUCCAAUCGAGCCAAAAUUGAAUUUUCUGAUGAGAUGAACCGGUUACUUAAUAAAGUACCAGAGUUGGUUAGUGUUGGUGAGAAAACAGUAGAUAAUAAAUCAAGUACUGCGUGAGGGAUUCGUUUUGUUCGGUUGAGAUUGCUGAAGACACGCAGGUGUUGAAUUGAAGUUGGUUCAUAGACAAGUCCCUCUCGAAGAACAGGAAAUCUUACAUUCUAUUGGUGAAGACAAUUCCUGUUGCAAUUGGACUAUGUAUUCAUCAUUCAGGUCAAGUUUGCUUGCAAGGAAUUGUACAUUCUCAUGGGUCUAUGGUGUUAUUGUAUCAAAAGGAAACUGAUGUUGUCACUCUAUUAGGGCAGAACAAAGUGAUAAAUAUAAAUUAUACCGUGAAGUUGAACCAUUUGGUUCAGGUACUGAAUUUUCAAAA